AUGGCGACCUUCGAGGAGCAGACGGCGUGCGUUGUGGAAGCCUUGUUCUCUGACCUCCUCGGUGAAGGUGACAGCGAGUGCCGGAGCCUGGAGACAGACUGGGGAGAGCCCGUGCAGUCUGCUGGGGAGCCUCCAACCACGUUUGACCCAGUUGUGGUCGCUAGUCGCCUGCGGCGGAUGGGGGACCAGUGCAACAUGGAUUUUGAAAGGGUUUCCUCGGAGGCCCUCGCUGAAGUGCUCAAGGGAAAGAUGGAGGAGUUUGGGGCUGCCGUGGAGUCUCUUGUCAGGAGAUGGAGUGACCAGAACCCCGAGCUGGUCUACGAGAGAGCUUUUCUCUGUGUUUCUGUGAAAUUGCUAAUGCAUGUUGCUAAGAAAGUUCUAGCUGUGUUGCAUCCCAACCAACUCACAAAAGUGAUUAAUGGAAAUGCUCGAGUGAGAAACUACAUUGAGGCCUGCGGCGGAUGGGAGAAGUUGGACAAUUGA